CUCAACCCAUGGUUCUUGCAAUAAUCGAAGUGCGUAGUUACUAUGGUCUCUCUCUUGCAUGUCCUAUCACUCAUCACGCACUAUAAAUCUUUCACCAACAACCGUUUCUUCUAUUGGCAGCAAAAAAAGCCUGGUUACGUUCUUCCUUAAAAAACUACAAACUCCUUAAAGAUCACGAAACUCGUGCACGCUCAACCAUUCUCAUUCAAUACAAUACAUAAGUACACUAGAAAGUAGAAACACUACAAACAAUGUCCCCAAAAUAUUAACUCUUCAAAAACAACAACAAAAAUGUCAUCAACAUGCAAAUUAGGAGAAAACCUCUGCUCAAACCAUAAAACUAACCAACCACCUUCACCUCCUCCACCAUUACAAACCCGAAAAUGCGACAUAAAUCCGGGGAAGUCGUUGCUUUCAGAGGAGCUAAGAGUUCAAGGAAGAUUAGCUUUUCCAAUGGUGUUGAUGAAUUUAGCUUGGUUUGCCAAGACAGCUAUCACAACAGCAUUCUUGGGUAGACUAGGUGAGCUCAGGUUAGCCGGUGGCGCACUCGGGUUCACUUUCGCUAACGUUACCGGCUUCUCUGUCUUGAAUGGUCUCUGUGGUGCCAUGGAACCUAUUUGUGGACAGGCUCAUGGAGCUAAAAACGUAAGACUCCUUCACAAGACACUUCUCAUGACAAUUUUAUUGUUGCUAUUGGUAACAAUUCCUAUUACUUUCAUGUGGCUUCAUAUUGACAAAAUUUUGAUUCAUUUUGGCCAACAACAAGAAAUUUCUACUGUUGCUGGUACUUAUGUUUACUAUCUCAUACCUGAUUUGUUUGUUAUGUCACUCUUGUGUCCCUUAAAAGCUUACUUGAGCUCUCAAAGCAUCACUCUUCCUACCAUGUUUAGUUCUGGUGUAGCACUUGCUUUUCAUGUUCCUGUUAACAUACUACUCUCAAAAACCAUGGGUCUAAGAGGGGUUUCCAUGGCUGUUUGGAUAACUGAUCUUAUUGUUGUUGUUCUUCUGGUCAUUUAUGUUGUAAUUCUAGAGAAUCGAAAGGUAUUAGCGUGGAAAGAAGGAGGAUGGUGGGAUCAGAGUAUUAUGGAUUGGAUUAGGCUAAUCAAGCUAUCUGGAUCUUGUUGUCUCAACACAUGUAUGGAGUGGUGGUGCUAUGAAAUUCUAGUCUUGCUUACUGGCCACCUCGCAAAUGCCCGACAAGCAUUAGGAGUUUUAGCCAUUGUGUUGAACUUCGACUAUUUGCUUUUCUCGGUGAUGUUGUCGUUGGCAACUUGUGUUUCCACCCGUGUCUCGAACGAGCUUGGCGCAAACCAAGCCGACCGUGCAUACAGGUCAGCGCGUGUGUCUCUAGGAUUAGGUUUUAUCACAGGGUGCACCGGCAGCUUGGUGAUGGUGGCUGCAAGGGGAAUUUGGGGGCAACUCUUCAGCCAUGAUAGGGGUACUAUAAAUGGAGUAAAAAAGACAAUGUUGUUGAUGGCUCUAGUGGAAUUGUUUAAUUUUCCAUUGGCAGUUUGUGGAGGUAUAGUUCGAGGGACAGCUCGACCUUGGUUGGGUAUGUAUGCAAAUCUAGGCGGGUUUUAUUUUCUGGCUCUGCCCCUUGGUGUUGUUUUUGCCUUCAAGCUUCGUCUUGGCCUUGUUGGACUCUUCUUUGGACUUCUUACUGGUAUUGUUGUUUGCUUGUCAUUAUUAUUAGUAUUCAUUGCUAGGAUAAAGUGGGUGGAAGAAGCUGCCAAGGCACAAAUACUAGCAAGUAACGACCAAGUUAAAGAAGUUCCCUGUGAUGACGCAGAAGUACCAACUGAGGCUCGUGAAAAUGACAAAGUGUAAAAUGUGAUAAAAAAAAUACAUGUGUACACUUUCAUACGUGUUUCCAAACAUUUUGCAAGGACAAAUAAGACACGUCUCAACCAUGCAUAACAAUUCAAGAAUAGAAGAUCAUACUCUCCAACGGCUGAAUUGCUUGUCAAACUCAUUUUGAGUGAUUACGGAUUUUUCUUGAAUAUCACUCACAAGAAGACAACACUGCCAACCUACAUGGGUUCUUUGUAAUUUCAGAUCACUACUACCUAAUGCUUUUGCUUUCUCUAUUUAUUUAUUUCUUCUA